UCCUCUCUCUCUCUCUCCGAUCAUAGUUGUCGUUUUCCCUAUUGAUUAACAAACGUACUACCUAUCCAGGCAACUCUGCUUUGUUUUCUUCGCUGUCUCGAACCAAAUCUCUUGUUGCCGGAAAGUCGUUUCGGUUAUCGCAAAUGGGAGCUUUGAAAUUGGGUCUUCCUUUAUCGCAAAGAGUUGAUGGCAUUGCUUUUGACCCUGAACCUGAUUGGAGCUUUGAUGCUCUUGUUUCGGAGCUUGAUGCUUUGGAGAUCAAGCUCGCUACUUCUUCUACCAAACCCUGGCCUUUGGAUAAAACAAUAUCCAGUGGGAAUGAAAUUGCGAAAUCCUUUGUACUGCAUGCCUACGAGUAUGAGAUGGAGGACACUGAGAGUGAGGACGACGAUGAUGAUGAUGACAGAUCUUUAGUUGUUGCUGGCAAACGUAUUACUUGUGAUGAACUUUAUCUGAGUGACAGUGAUGAUGAUUCUGACGAUGCCUCUGGUUUUGAAAUGCAACUGAUGGAUGAUGUGGGAGAGGUAGAAGGUGCCUUGUUUGAGUUGACCCAUGAACAUCAGGUCAGGGUUAAGGAUGAAAUUAGGAAUAAGAUCUCAGCAUUGGAGACAGCUCUUGUGAAUGAAAGUCAGAAUUCUACUUCUGCCCUUCUUCAAGUUGAGAAAUAUAAAGAAACAAGGCAGGAAUCGGAUAAAAAUUUUGACACUCAAUAUCAGCGCUGGAUUGCAGAAGCACUUGAUAAUCACUUGACAGCUGUUCAACGUGACCGUGAACUCAAAUCACAAAUAGAAGAAAGGAAAAUAAGAAGUGAUGCAGCUUCUGAAGAUGCCAAGAGAAAGGCUGCUUUGCAAGAGGAAAAGCAGCAGCAAGAAAAGGCUAAAGCUGAAGCAGAGGCCAAACUUAGAGCAGAGGAAGCAAAACAAGCUGCAUUGGAAGCUGAAAAAAGAGCAGCAGCAGAAGCUGAAAGAAGAGCAGAAAAGGAAGCUAUAGAAAGGAAUGUUACUGAAAAUUCCAAAAGUGUCAAUUCAGAUACUGCAUCAAGCCUAUCAAAUGUUAAAACCAAGGAAUCUGGUAAUGUAUACCGAGCUGCUGCAAGUGCUUCAAAUCUAGAGCAUGGGAGACUACAGAAAUUGAAAGAGCUAUCUGAGAGAAACCAAGUGAUAAGAUCAAGUUCUAACAUGGAUUAUACCCGCCAUGAGAGUCAUAUUUCGCGGUUGAUAAGGCAAAUAAGGGGCACAAGAGACAGUGUUAGGUCAAAAGCAAGUGAUCUCAUUAAACUUUUGAAUGAUCCUCGAUGUCCUCAAUCAAUUGGCAUUGAGAUAUUUGCUAAAAAGGUUGUUUCAUGCUGUGGAAUCCCUGGUAAUGCUCCCUUUGCAAGUGCCUAUGUCAUUGUUCUCGUUACAUCUCAGGUCCCACAGGCAAUGGAUGUUUUGCUGGCUGAGUUUCACAGGGCCUGCCUAUACACCGUCCCAAAGCACAUGGUUUACAAAAAAGCUACCUUUCAAUCAGAAGAGGCAUACUUCAGAAGUAUUGGUUAUCGAGAAGAUGAUGGAAAGAUGGAGAGUACAAAAAAUUAUUUAGAGCGGUUAGAAUCAUACAUGAAGGUGUAUGGUGCACUGGUUCAGACUGAAAUUCCAAACGUUCAAAAUUUGCAUGGCAUGCAAGAAGGUUGGGCAUGGCUUGCAAGGUUCUUGAAUGCUCUCCCAGCCAAUCAAUAUACAGCUGUUUCGCUCAAUGCAUUCUUGCAAAUGGCUGGAUUUGCUCUCUAUAGAAGAUAUAAAUCUCAAUUCUUAAAGAUGCUGAAAGUCAUCUAUGAGAACUUUUUAGUUCAGCUGAAAUCACGGCAAGUACCAGAAUUGACAAGGACUGUUGUGGAAAUACAGUCUUACAUAGAAGAUAAGAAGUUCCUUCAAGAGCCAGAGGGAAAGAGCCUACAGUCUAAUUUGUUGUCAAAUGCAUCUGUUCAUUAUUGAUGGUUGUCAAACUUUGUUGGCUUUUUUUUUUUUUUUUUUUUUUUUGUAGAAGAAAGUUUAGGGAGAAAGGAAGUUGUUUAAAGGAGAGUUGAGGAAUACAAUUACAACAAAUAAAAAUAUAGCAUUUUUGUAAAUGAGUAACUUCAAUAUGGCAUUUUUGUUGUUUAAAUU